CAACAAAAAGCGGAAGAAGCCCACACCCUCUCUCUAUAAAUAUCCCAAACUUACAUCACACUUUCUCCACAGCGAACUAACCUGCUUCAAAUCACUAACCUCGAACCCUAAUCACUCGCUUGGGUUCGUGCAGCGCAAAAACCCUAGGCUCGUUUUCUAGAUCUUUUUUUUCUUCUCUCUUUUCCGAUCUACCGUUAGAGAUCGAAGAUGGUGUCCGACGCCAGCAAGAAGAAGGCCGCACAGAAGAAGGCCGCCGCCGCCGCCAAGAGAGGUGGAAAGGCCGCCGCCGCCGCCGUUAUGGAGGCGUCUUCCAAAGCCGCCAACAAGGUCGCCAACGGAAUCGCCGAUAUUCAGAUUUCGGAUCGGACCUGCACCGGCGUCCUCUGUUCGCAUCCUCUCUCCAGAGAUAUUCGAAUAGAGUCUCUAUCUGUUACGUUCCAUGGGCAUGAUCUCAUUGUUGAUUCUGAAUUGGAGCUAAAUUAUGGAAGGCGUUAUGGUUUACUUGGAUUAAAUGGUUGUGGAAAAUCUACACUGCUGACAGCUAUUGGUUGUCGGGAACUUCCAAUUCCCGAUCACAUGGAUAUAUAUCACCUAACCAGGGAGAUUGAUGCCUCUGACAUGUCUGCAUUGGAAGCUGUCAUAAGCUGUGACGAAGAAAGGUUGAAAUUGGAGAAAGAAGCUGAAGUUUUGGCUGCACAGGAUGACGGAGGUGGUGAAUCCCUUGAACGCAUUUAUGAACGAUUGGAUGCCCUAGAUGCUGCCACUGCAGAAAAGCGUGCUGCUGAAAUCUUGCAUGGUCUUGGCUUUGACAAGCAAAUGCAGGCAAAGAAGACGCGUGAUUUUUCCGGUGGCUGGAGAAUGAGGAUUGCGUUAGCACGGGCUUUAUUUAUGAAUCCAACCAUUCUUCUACUUGAUGAACCAACCAAUCACCUUGAUUUGGAAGCUUGUGUGUGGCUGGAGGAGAGUUUGAAGAAGUUUGAACGUAUUCUGGUUGUGAUUUCACACUCUCAGGACUUUCUUAAUGGUGUCUGCACAAAUAUUAUCCAUAUGCAAAGCAAAAAACUGAAGAUCUACACUGGUAAUUAUGAUCAAUAUGUUCAGACACGUUCUGAGCUAGAAGAGAACCAGAUGAAACAGUACAAGUGGGAGCAGGAGCAGAUUGCCUCAAUGAAGGAAUACAUUGCCCGGUUUGGCCAUGGUUCUGCAAAACUAGCUCGCCAGGCACAGAGUAAGGAGAAAACGCUGGCAAAAAUGGAACGUGGUGGACUUGCAGAGAAGGUGGUCAAAGACAAAGUUUUGGUAUUCCGUUUUACCGAUGUUGGGAAACUUCCCCCUCCAGUUCUCCAGUUUGUUGAGGUGUCAUUUGGUUAUACUCCUGAUAAUCUCAUCUACAAGAACAUUGACUUUGGGGUUGAUUUAGACUCUAGGGUUGCACUGGUUGGACCCAAUGGUGCUGGGAAGAGUACACUACUGAAGCUAAUGACAGGUGACUUGAUGCCUAGUGACGGCAUGGUAAGGCGUCAUAAUCAUCUUCGAAUUGCACAAUAUCACCAGCAUUUGGCCGAAAAGCUAGACAUGGAAAUGUCUGCUCUACAGUUUAUGAUUAAAGAAUACCCCGGUAAUGAGGAAGAGAAGAUGAGGGGGGCAAUUGGGAAGUUUGGGCUGUCAGGAAAAGCACAGGUGAUGCCAAUGAAGAACUUGUCAGAUGGACAGAGGAGCCGAGUGAUAUUUGCUUGGUUAGCUUGGAGACAGCCUCAGAUGCUUCUUUUGGAUGAGCCAACUAAUCAUUUGGAUAUUGAGACAAUUGACUCGUUGGCCGAGGCAUUGAAUGAAUGGGAUGGUGGCUUGGUGCUUGUAAGCCAUGAUUUUAGGCUCAUAAAUCAAGUGGCUCAUGAGAUAUGGGUAUGUGCUAAUCAAUCUGUGACCAGAUGGGAGGGUGACAUUAUGGAAUUCAAGGCGCAUCUAAAGUCAAAGGCGGGUUUAUCUGACUGAAACAUACCAGUGGAUGCUCUUUUCAUUUUACACCUUAUUUUCCUCCUAACUCUCCAUUCUCUAAAUUUUAAACACCCCUUCUAUAUUUCCUGUAAUAUCUCUUCUCAGUUUCUAUACCACUUAUCCUCUAGCUCUAGCAGGUGUUGUUUGGUUCCAAGGAGGGGGAAAGAAAUUUAAUGAGGGAAGGAGAUAGAUUUUAAAUAAACAUUCUGUUUGUUUGCUUGAGGAGAAGAGGGACUUGUAUGUUAGGAGAGGAAAAAUAGUUAUUUUCUUAUUUGAUUCACAAUGAGAAGAGAGUUCUAAAACUUGUUAUCUUAAAUGGUAGUGCUUCUAAUAUUCGAGAAAACAUAUUUUAGACAUUUAUUUCAAUCUCUUAAUUCUAUUCAA